CAAUGCGCACGGCGGAAGCGAGUUCCUCUCUGAGGGAAUCCAAGAUGGCGGCUUGGGCGGUGUUUGUUGCUCUUCUCUCCGUCGCGGCGGCAUCUCCUCAGCGCUACACGCCGGACUGGGCCAGCCUAGACUCGAGGCCGCUGCCCGGCUGGUUCGACGCGGCGAAGGUGGGCGUCUUCGUGCACUGGGGCGUCUUCUCGGUGCCGGCCUGGGGCUCGGAGUGGUUCUGGUGGCACUGGCGGGGCGAAGGGCGGCCCGAGUACGAGCGCUUCGUCCAGGCCCGCUUCCCGCCGGGCACCAGCUACGCCGACUUCGCGCCCCUCUUCACCGCCCAGGACUUCCUGCCCGAGGCCUGGGCCCAGCUCUUCCAGCAGGCCGGCGCCAGAUAUGUGGUGCUGACCACAAAGCAUCACGAAGGCUUCACCAACUGGGGUUCCCCUGUGUCUUGGAACUGGAACUCGGUAGAUACAGGGCCCCAUAGAGACUUGGUGGGACAACUGGGAGAUGCCCUCCGAAAAAGGAACAUACAUUAUGGGCUGUACCACUCCCUCUAUGAAUGGUUUCAUCCACUCUAUUUGAUGGACAAAAACAAUGGAUUCAAGACUCAGUAUUUUGUCUCUGAGAAGACUAUGCCAGAGCUUUUUGACCUUGUUUUAAGGUACAAGCCGGAACUCAUCUGGUCUGAUGGAGAAUGGGAAGCUCCAGAUACAUACUGGAACUCAACUAAUUUCCUUGCCUGGCUUUACAACGAUAGUCCAGUCAAGGACACUGUGGUGGUGAACGAUCGAUGGGGCUUCAAUUGUUCCUGUCAUCACGGAGGCUACUAUAACUGUCAAGACAAAUACAAGCCCGGGACUUUGCCCAGCCACAAGUGGGAGAUGUGCAGCUCUAUUGACAGGAGGUCUUGGGGGUAUCGAAGUGGCAUGCAAAUCUCUGAGCUUAUGGAUGAGUCCAGCAUCAUUAUGGAACUUGUGCAAACUGUGAGUUAUGGAGGAAACUAUCUCCUCAACAUCGGACCCACAAAGGAAGGGGUGAUAGUUCCAGUCUUUCAGGAACGGCUUCUGGCUCUUGGAAAGUGGCUGAGCAUUAACGGAGAAGCCAUUUACGAGUCAAAACCAUGGAGAGUUCAAAAGGACAAUGGCAGUGACAGCACUUGGUAUACUUCAAAGGGAACAGUAGUCUAUGCUAUCUUCUUGACCUGGCCAGAAAACAGUGUGUUGAAGCUGUCAUCCCCUGUCCCAUCUGCAAGCACUCAAGUGACAAUGUUGGGGGUCUCUGCCCCUUUGAAAUGGCAGGCCUUGCCAGACAAGGGGCUGGGGGUCACUCUGCCCUUGACCAUCCCUUCCCUGCUUCCUCUGCAAUAUGGCUGGACUCUCAAACUGGUUGGUGUCUCCUGAUGGCGAAGCAGGACAAGAAUCAAGGCACUCCCAGAGAUGAAACUUGGAUGCCGCUGUGAUUAGUGGCACAAACAGAUUAAGACAUAAACAAAUCAUUGUUGAAUGAAGCAAAAGCUUUAUAUGUUAACCAUCCUCAAGUGCUGCAUUUUGAUCAGAAAGGAUUGAAGAAGCAACUGUCUUCCAACAUGAUUUAACUGCCAUAAUAUAUAAAGUAUCGCUUAUAUGGAAUGAGAACCAUCUCCAGAGAUUUCAGGGCAAUUGUCUGGGACUAUUGUGACCAGACACUAGAAGAGCAGCUGCUGAAGGGGAGACCGCCAUUGUGUUUAUCGUCUUUUUCAAAAUUCAUCAUUCAACCCUGGCUUCCAAUCUGCUUUGAUGGUGGUGGGAGCUUUCUUAUUUCUACUUGAGAUUGUGAAAGGUCCUACAGAGUUUUUGGCCAAGAUAAAGAAGCCUGGAAACAGAGUCAUUGACAGGUGAAUUGCAAAGGGAAGGGACCACAGAGUCAACUCAGAUUGCUGUUGGCAAGCCAUUACAGUUUUGGAGCAAUAGAUACUCAAAUACCAAGCCUUUUCAGUUGUUUUGGAAUCUAGAUGGGAACAAAAAACAACAUAGUUCUUGGGAAACAGUGAAGUUAAUGACGUCCAUUGUCAGGAGUCUGCCAUUGGGCAAGAUCGUUUAGUCAAAUUGAGAGAGUGCCCAGAUGAUCAGGAUGACUUGUUUGGUAAGGAAUGACAUUUGGAUGAGGAUUACAUCCAAUGAAAUCUCAGUAUAUUCACAAAUGAAUGCAGAGUGUCCAGCUAAGUUGCCUACAGAGUAGGUAAUCUCUUUGCUCAAAAGAAGAGUGCUGCCUUGAAUGGUCGAACAUUCAUAUGUUCACAAAUGAUACUACGCUAUUUCUUUAACUUGCACCUUUUAUCAAACCUCCAGAAGCAUUUCUCCCACAACACAUUUCCUUUAUGAAUGGCUCAUGUUUUACCUGCUUUUUGUGAACGAUUCCCUUAUUUUAUAAUUUGAGCAGUCCUUUAGAUAAUCAAACACAAAAUAUGGAAGGAAAUCUUUGCACUUGCACUCGUGUUCCAUGGAGGAUGUUCUUGCAGAUGGAUCGGCUAUAUUUUUUUGGUAUAAUUAUUUUCAGUUUUGCUACAGCAUCAUCUAGUGUUAGAUUAAAAUGCAGGGGAGUUGGCAUUCAGUUUUGACACUGCAAAGGGAGUAUGCACCGGUUAUUUGCUUUUCAUGUGGAAUGCAGACUGGUAGGCCCUGGACUAUGAAGAAAGGAUUGAUCAGUACAGUUCUUCCAUCCCGGAUUGCUAUAAUGAAGAAAAGUAUGCACUUGCUUAAGAAUAUUUGUGUUCUUAUUAAAUAGUUGGUUAUUCUAUGGCAGGAAAACAGCUUGGUUGUCCCAAACUGCGAGUGGUCCUUCUUAUAUAGGAUGCUGCCAGAUUUCAACUGCAGUGCCUUUUUUGUACCUAAAUUUUAUAUGUUACUUGUUUUUUUAUAAAUAAAAACUUGAAUCUGAAUAA